CCUCUUUUUCCCUCCGAUUUUCCUUUUCCUUUUUUCUUUUUCGCUUGUAUCUUUGCUUGUGUUCAGUCCCUGCACAUUUCCUUUCCCUAAAGGCAAAUCUGACUCCAAACGAGCACUGGAGACCAUGUCUACAGAACACUCAUCCACAAGAGAGGAGGAAAGCUCUGGCCAAGGAUCUCGUUUUAAGUCUAAACAGAGGAAGAUGUUACACCUUCUCUUGGAGAGAGACACUUCCUUCACCAUCUGUUCAGAUCUCCCCAGGUCUGCUGAUUCUGCAAACCUAAGCAUUUUGUCUGGAGGAACCCCAAAACGUUGCCUUGAUCUUUCGAAUCUUAGCAGUGGGGAGAUGUCUGCCACUCAGCUUACCACUUCUUCAGACCUUGAUGAAACUGGUAGGGAGAAGGAAGGUCUCUUGCAUUCUUCAGGACCUCUGGAAGUACAGUUAGCUGGAAUGAAUCAUCGCCAAGAUCUUAUGAAAGGCAACAUAGCACAGCUUCUUUGUAGCACACCAAAUGCUUUGGAUCAUGACCUUCGAAAGAAAGAUUUGAUGUGUAGUUUAUCUACAAAUAAAGAAAAUGAAAACACCACUUUAAAAUCCUUGGAGUGGCAAGCAUCUAGAAACCUGAGGUUUCAAAGAAGACUAGGGGAGCUUCAUGUGUCUCCCCUUUCUCUGCUGAACAAUGGAAUCUUGGAAAAUGAAAUGAAAUAUCUAGGCAGUCCCAUUACUGCAGUUUCAAAGUUGGAUAAAAAUCCAAAACUAGAAGACAACAUGAUAGAAGGGAUUUCAAGAGAAUUGACUGACUUUUCCUUGAAAGAUGAAGAAGACAUCAAGGAUAUAAGUCUAAAGAAGACAGUCUCUUCCUAUGACGAUAUCAUUCAGAUACUGGAGGAUGAGUCUAACCAGGGGCAUUUGAUUGGUGAUUUCUCCAAAGUUUGUGUGCUGCCAACUGUAUCAGGAAGACACCAAGAUCUGAAGUAUGUCAACCCAGAAACAGUAGCUGCCUUACUAUCUGGGAAGUUCCAGGGUCUGAUUGAGAAGUUUUUUAUUAUUGAUUGCCGCUAUCCAUAUGAGUACCUGGGAGGACACAUCCAGGGAGCCUUAAAUUUGUAUAGUCACAAAGAACUAUAUGACUUCUUUCUGAAGAAACCCAUUGUCCCCUUGGAUAUCCAGAAAAGAAUAAUCAUUGUGUUUCACUGUGAAUUCUCCUCUGAGCGGGGUCCCCGAAUGUGCCGUUCCCUGAGAGGAGAGGACAGGGCUCUGAACCAGUAUCCUGCACUGUAUUACCCAGAGCUAUAUAUCCUCAAAGGGGGCUACAGAGACUUCUUUCCAGAAUAUAUGGAGCUGUGUGAACCCCAAAGCUACUGCCCUAUGCAUCACCAGGACCAUCAGGCGGAGCUGCUGAGAUGUCAAAGCCAAAGCAAGGCUCAGGAAGGGGAGCGGCAACUUCGGGAGCAGAUUGCCCUCCUGGUGAAGGAUGUAAACCCAUGAUAGUGAUUUAGCCACUGGUGAUGAAGAAGUCAUCAAAAGACAUUGUGGUGACCCUGAGGCCAUCAUCUCUGUAGUAACCUAAGAUUGUUUAAAAAAAAGAUGUCCACACAACAGCAAGCUGCUGCACUAAGGAAAUCCCAGGAGUAGGGACUGGUUAGGUUUCAGUGGAGCUGAUGGCUGGUAGCUGAAUCUGAGAGCUAGCUCUGGAAGGCGGUGGCUUUGACUUAUGUAGAGAUUUGUGUCACUUUCAGGAACUCCUGCAUUUCUCUUCCCAAUUUCUGUCUUUUCUCUAGCCAAAUAGUUUUUUGUCUCUCUAGGCUCCUGGCUCUUUGUUCUCCCCUACCCCUUUCCCACAAAAGUGAAAAAGUAAACAUUUCAGAAUAAGAACUGUGAUUGUGGGCCCACAUCUGCUCUUAGAUCACCAACUUAGACUCCUUUAAAGGUCUGGGAAUAUUGUUCAGUUGUAAAAUGCUUGCCUACUAUCCAUCACUAUAUUUGUAGUGCUGGGUUCAAUCCCCAGCACUACAAAGAAAA